GGUGGGCGGAGCUUGCCGGCGGGCUGGGGUUUAAAGCGCUGGGGCGGCCGGCGUUCUGCUCAGUGCCCGGCCGCCCGGUCCCGCCGUUGGAGGCACCUGCCGAGGAGAGCCGCCCCCGCCGUGUUCGCGCCCCGCCCCCCGCUGGGGCUGCCCCCGUGCACCCGCCUCGGGAGCCUGCUGCCGCGCUGCUGCACCCGCCGCCUGGGCUCCUGCAGCGGGGCGAUGAAGCGGGACCCGCCGCCCGCCGAGCGCCAGGCGCAGGAGGAGGAUGCUGGGGAGCAGAAAACGCCCCUCUGGAUCUUCGGCUACGGCUCCCUGGUGUGGAGACCCGACUUCGAGUUCAGCUCCAGGAAGGUGGGCUUCAUCCGCGGCUACAGCCGCCGCUUCUGGCAGGGAGACACCUUCCACCGCGGCAACGAGAAGAUGCCUGGCCGUGUGGUUACCCUCCAGGAGGAUUAUGAUGCAUGCACGUGGGGUGUUGCCUAUGAAGUCCGUGGAGAGCAGAUUGCUGCAUCACUCCAGUACUUGGACAUGCGAGAAGCAGUCCUGGGGGGCUAUGACACUAAACUGGUGAAGUUCCACCCCCAGGAUAAAGAGGCUGACGAACCCAUCUUGGCCCUAGUUUACAUUGCUACACCCCAGAACCCCACCUACCUUGGCCCAGCGUCUGAAGAGGACAUUGCAGCCCAGAUCAUUGUCUCGAGCGGUCGCUCUGGACACAACAUAGAGUAUCUGCUGCGACUGGCAGACUUCAUGCGCUACUUUUGUCCCAAGGUGGAGGACGAACACCUGUUUUCCAUUGAGGAGGCCCUCAUUUCCAUCCUGCCCUGUCUAUGCCAGGCUGAGGAUCCCUUAGUGGAAGUGUGAACAUCGUGAAGGAUUGAAAGGGGGGACGUCUUCAUUUCAAAAUGUCAAAUGAAGACACGGGGGGAGGAAGGAAAACAAGGACCAAAUACAUUGGACUGGGGGAGACCUGAGCAAGUAAUUGGGGGUGGGGAAACUGCUACAAGCAUACUUGAGCUGCCACUCACCACCUGUAGAAACAUGGUGGCCAUGCCUGGUCUCCUAGCUGGGUGGGAGGAUCGUUCACACCUCUCCUUUCAGAGAGGAUGCUGGCCUCUUCAGUGUACUUUUAUUUUGAACACCAGUUGAGCUGGACUUGACUGCAGUGUUGUUUCACAGUAUAACGGUCACUCUACCUCAGACUGGCAAAGCUACUUAUACAGUGGUGGGGACAAGAGCAUGCUUGGUAUCAAAUGAGACCUCCUCUUUCUUCCCUCUCCCACCUCCAGUACAGUGACCUGACUCUUUAAAGUAUAAUGCCGGGGCUCCUGUGCAAUAUAAAAUUAAUUUGCCUCUAUAGGUUCUUAUGAGCCCUACCUCCUUAUAUAUGUCUCAAAGGGACAGAACCAAUGCACUUACUUUUGCAACUUGAAGAUGUAUGUAUUGUAAUGUGUAGUAAUAUAUAUUUCCUUAAGAGGAGGAACGUCCCUCUGCUGGUGUAGAGGCUCAUGCCCUGCAGUGCAGGGUGUGGCACAAAGGCAUGAGCCCCUUACCAGACCUUGAGUUUACAUGUGGAGAAAAAGCUGUCCUGACAGUGUUGAGUGGGGAGAAGGAAGCUGAUGAAGCACUAAGGCCUAAACUCAUCAGCUUCACCCGUCAAGUUCCCUGCUGUUAAAUAGUGUAUGCGACAGAGCUGCUGCUAGUGCAAGGUCUGGUUGAAUCCCUCUCAAGAACAGACUCUUGACAACAUGGACUAGUCUUGUUUUUUAAACAGUUUAACCAUGAUGGGGGAGAGGAAACGUUUGUCUGACAUGUUACUGUGGCUUGCGUAUAUGAGGAAGUGAAAUUGUAUUGUGCCCAGUAAUAAAACCAACUGACACUAAAAUGAAAAACAAACCUGAUGGAUUCCUUUAAGCAGCACAGUUUUUGCAUUUUUUGUGGGGGUGGAUUAAAAGCUAAUGGCCCACACCGAGAGAAUACCCGGCACACAAGUGACUGCACUACUCAUUUUCCCUGGUGCAGGGCACUAGAACAAGUAGUUUUCCUCCAGUCCUAGCUCUGGGGUGGAGAAGGCUGUACAGCUCCCAUCAUCACCCUGUUACUGUAUCUUAUCGAUGUCAGAGGGAUGAGAAGUUCCCUUUCUGCUGGAGGGCUUUCCUGUUUCACAAGAUUCUGACAGGAUGUCACAUUUUCCUGAUCUAAAAGGUCCGCAUCCCAAUUUUGACCUGUGGCACUUUGUGAGUAAAGAAAGCCUGAGGCCUGUAAUACUCACUACAUCCCCCAGCUAAUGUGACAUGCUUGGUACAAACCACCCCAGCUGCCCUUUUUGGGUAUCUCAAGAA